UACCGGUUCAGUGGGGCCUGAUGGAUUCACCUUUGAUCAGAUUCGAGAUCUCGUUCUUGGCGAGAAUGUCAGAAGAAAGAGUUCAGGGGAGUCAUCUGGUGAAUUACUUCAUGUUGGUAGAGGCAGAAGGAAUAGCAGAGGUAGUGGGAGCACGAACAGACGAAGGAGUCAGUCCAAGACUCGGGAUAGCUCAGGAAAGCAAUGUGGAUUCCUGGGUCAUGGAUUCUGGUGCUUCAUUUCAUGCCACCCACAGCGGUGAAGCAUUGCAGAAUCUGGUUGUUGGGGACUUUGGAAAGGUACGACUAGCGGACGACAGUGCUCUUGAGGUGACGGGCAUGGGUGACAUGGUGUUGAAGACCUCAGUCGGUUUCUGGACUUUGAAGGAUGUUAGAGUGGUUCCAGCCUUGAAGAAAAGUUUGAUUUCUGUCAGGCAGUUGGACGAACAGGGACACGAGUUGAAGUUCAGAGAUGGGCAGUGGAAGGUCGUGAAGGGAAAUCUUGUCAUGGCCCGCGGAAGGAAGAGUGGUUCGUUGUAUUUGGUCGAGUUACCAUCUGAAGGAGUGACCGCCCCAGUUCAGAAGAGAAACAAAGUUCGGUUCACAGAGUCUUGUGGGCAGAAUAAGGUUGUCUAUGCAAGAGAGAAACCUAAUGCCACAGGUCAGACUCGGGAUGAACGAGCAAGGAAAGGUUCAAGGAGGCCAGUCAGAGGUAUUUAUGGCAGUGGGAGCUCAAGAGGCGCUUCAGCCAAGUUGCCUAGAAGACAGUGGGUCAGGAGAACCAGUAUUCCAGCUGUUGGAACAUCUCCAGAAAUUUUCUUGCUGAGUAUGGAGAGUGUUUGUUCUCAGGAUGUUCCAGGAUCCGGCAGUGUGCGUUUGCAGUGGGAGCUGGUAGGGACCGAGGACGAGUCAGUGGCAGAUUUAGUCAUGACUGAUGUGUUGGAGCUUGGGAGAGCUUCAACGAGCCUUUCAGUUGUCUGAUGAGAGGGCCGCUGCAACAGGAGAGCUGAGGAAGAUUACUCGAUGUACAAGCAAUCGCGGCGGAUGGCAGUUGAUGACUAUCAAGCCUCCAAGUGGGAGAAUGUUGGGUUUGUGGAGGCUUGGGCUUGACUUGUUGGCCCGGCCCGUUUGUUGUAACCCUAGUUGCGCUCUUCCUAUAUAUAUUGCAUACUUGUACUUGUAAUCGACACCACAGGUGAAUAAGAAAUUCCUCCUGUU